AUGCCACCCGCCGCCAUCCUCUUCGACGCCUACGGCACCCUGUUCGACGUGUACGCCGUGACGGCGCUCGCCGAGGCGCACUUCCCGGCGUCGGGCGAGUCACUCGCGCAGCUCUGGCGACUCAAGCAGAUCGAGUACACGCAGCUACGGACGCUGGCGGAUCCCGACCGCCGUGGGCACUACAAGCCGUUCUACGACAUCACGCUCGACGCAUUGCGUUUCUGUGCGAACAAGCUCGGCCUUGCUCUGUCGGCCCAGGCCGAGAGCGAGCUCAUGGGCGUGUACGAGCGCCUGGACGCGCAUCCCGACGUUCUCGGCACCUUGACCGAGCUCAAGAAGCGUGGGAUUCCCAUGGCGAUUCUGUCGAACGGCAACCCCGCGAUGCUGGAGACCAUGGUCGCGGCCAACGGACUCACGGGCAUCUUUGACGACAUCCUCUCGGUCGACACGGUGAGGGCGUACAAGCCCCACCCCGCGAGUUACACCCUCGGUACGGACAAGUACGGCGCCAAGGCUGCAGACAUUGUGUUUGUCUCGUCGAACGGUUGGGACGCAGCCGGCGCGACCUGGUUUGGCUACAACACCUUCUGGUGCAACCGCGCUGGUCUCCCGCUCGAGCAGCUCGACGCGACACCCAAGCGGAUCGGCAAAGGGCUGGCCGACCUGGCUCAUUACCUCGACGAGCUCAAGUAG